CACAUCUUCCCUUUGCACAAAAUUCCACCCAGCUCCAUCUUCGAGCAGAGAAAAUUCCAAGCCAUGAAUGCGCCCAUUAUGAUACAGGAGAUAUGGUCUAUGGUUUUUCAAUUUUUAACUACUAGGAAUGAUCUCAGCAACGUGUGCAGUGUAUGCAGAUCAUUUGAUGUAAUCGCAACCCCUUUCUUAUACCGGUCCCUUAUUUUCCGUGGCUCGCCCAUCGACGGAAGCCACUGGUCCAAGCUCCCCGAUGAUGAAGAAGUGAAGACACAAGAUGAGGCUGAGAAGCUUUCCUUUGGCCUCUUGUGCAGACUGUUGGAUAACCGCAAUGAUCUGUUACGGAGCUUUGUCCGUGAGAUGACUUUUGAGGAAGGAAACCCUGAUCGUGUUUGGCGAAUGUUGCAGCCGCCGAACGAUGUUCUCGCUACUUUGGUAAAUAGGCUGCCAAAUUUAGAGACUAUACACUACCACGACGACCUUCCGAUAACAGAUGGCUUUGUGAAGGUCCUCCUCGGCCAUAAAAAAGCACCGAAGCUUCAUCUCCUGGGGGAAUAUGGCAGAACUAGGGUCAAUACUAAGAUGCCCUUUGUGCAGAAAUUGCACACCUCUGUAGAUGCCAAAGCUAGAGCUCCCAGAGACCUUUCAGAGGCAGAAAAAAGAACCAGGGCUCGCCCGUGGGAGCCGCAGGAGUUGGCUUUGCAUGACCUUUUCAAUGCCUUUCCGAAUCUUGAAGAACUGUCAGUAUCUGUCAAUUGGCUGCAAGGAGGCUGCGUGAUGGGUGGACGUCCUUCUCCUACCAGGAUAUCGGAGCUUGAUCUUCCCGAAGGUGCAAAAUUCCCACCACUUACAAGCCUCUCGCUGAGUGGUUAUAGUGUUGAAGGAGAUGAAGCGGCUCUCUGGCGAGAUAGUUUUCCUUGGGAAAGACUACGGUCACUCAGUCUCGGUGUCCAAUCUACCCCAGGGCUUUUGGAGCUAGCCACGGGGAAGGUUGUCAAUUUAAAAGAAUUUCAAAUCACUAGCUACGAUCCUCUGAGCUCUUCGGCCGGGCUUGACGGCUUUUUGCGUUCAAUUGAUUCUCUGGAAAGCCUGACCGCGAAAGGAGCAGUCCCUUCAUUAAACUCGGUACUUCAUCAAUCUAGUCUGAAGCAUGUUUGCUUACAUGAGAUCGAAGAACCAGAUAGGGAAAGACAGACUCUGGAUGCUGAGCAGAUAGGAAACUUAAGUCGGCAUUGCCCCAAGCUUACAAGCCUCGAAAUUGAUUUGGAUCCGAAUGGAACAUGGCCCGACGAUAUUGUUAGGGCUCUAGCAACCGGCUUUAAGAAUCUUCAUCGACUUUCCAUCCAUAUCGGUCUAGGUAUUGCUCAUGCGGAAGAAAAUCCUUCAAUGGAGGAGGAUUUUCCUCAAGUUUUGACAGAGUCAAAAGCACAAGACUUUGGAAAGCGGUUCUUUGAACUCAGAGGACCGUCCGUGCUGGAGACGAUUACGCUGAAAACAGGCGAAAACUUGCGUUGGUUUCGUCAAUGGCAGCCAAUGUAUGCCCGCGCAGAAGGAAAUUGCGCGAAGGUAUUUGAGAUCUACGCUCCUAUUGAAGGCAAUGACGAGCCGCGUCUCAAAGAGUUGGAAAGCGACGAUGACCGUUGGUUUAGAGAAUUCCAGGAGCGCAAUAUGGCCCAUUGGAAUUCUACGCGUCAAUUCAACGCAGAUUCAAAGCCCCAACGACUUAGCAGGUCUCCUCGUGUAUUCAAAGAUCAAGCCUUUCCACUUUCAAAUUAACAUAGUGUUAGCGAACACAACCA